AUGGGUCAAGCAAGUACAAAACAUGAGGCAGCAGCAGCGCGAAUUGAAAACGCAGACCGUGUUAUUGUUGAUUCGUCAGCAUUGCACUGUCCAGUUUGUUUGUGUAUAUUUUCAAGGACACCCGUUAUAUUGCCUUGUGGCCAUUCGUUUUGUAAGACGUGUAUUCGACGCUUAAUUGAAAAUUCACUUCAGUUCACAAGUCAUAAUUUUCGACAGAUAUUUGAAUGUCCCCUGUGCAGAGAGCCGUGUGCUAGUGAUUUGGCUCUGACGAAGAAUUUCGUUGUAGAUGCGCUUUUAGAGUCAGUCGAUGACAUCGCAUCACUGAAGGAUCUGCCGCCAGCGGAUAACAAUUUGAGAGUUUCGAAUCAACGGUUAAAUCAAAAACUGCGUGAAGUUGAAGAACAGCAGAGGAUAUUACAGAAGCAACUGGAUGAACAGAAACGAACCAAUAGGCUGUUGCUAACUGCAGCUGUGCUUGCAAGUGGUCUAUUUUUAGCGGUUCUUAUUAAAUUUAUGUGGUGA